AUUUUCGGUGUGAAGGCGGCGGAUGUUUUUAUCUGGGAUUUUAUUUGGCCUUUUUGCGGUGGAAAACGAUUUCAAAAGUCGGUCGAAGUAGUGUCGAACGGUACCGUGGCAGGUGCGCUUCCGGGAAACGGUAUUUACCACGCGCGGAAUGUGUUAUCCGGUGAAUAAAGUUGAAUUUUCCUGCACGCUGUUGGCGGACGUCAUGUCCCGCUAGCUUUUUCCUUUGCUGGGGCUGGUGGCUGUGGAAAUGAAAAUAAGAAGAACAGGGAGAAGCUGAGUCUCUCCAGCAACAACCCGCGUGUGGAAGGAAGAAAAGCGGAGAAAGAAACCUGGUCCGACUGGCAUCAGCAGCAUCCGAGUCUUCUUCUCCCGUCUCUCUUUUGAGUGUGUGCCGUGUGGAUUAGGUGGAUUAUCGUCAUCAACAACUACUUGCUGCAGCAAAACAAUCAUCGCUGAGCGGAUGCUGGAGACUUGUCCCAUCCACAAUCUAUUCCCCGAACAUCGCCAUCAGUGAAAUUUCGCAGAAGCCAUUCCGUUGUAGUUGUUGUUCCGUUGAUUAAAAUGUCCUCGUGUUCUCGUUGAGCGAGAAACGAUGCGGUACCCGAGCAUAGAAUAUUGUUUCGCACCGAACGAAUAGAUAAGAGGAUUCCGCGGGCGCUUAGAAGUGACGGACGACGCCAGACCGCUCAGUGAAUUUCCAAGCGAGAGUGAGCUGAUUUACCUACCACCUUCAUUACAGUUGCAGUGAUUUGAGUGGCAGUUAUUCGUGAUUCGGUGGUCUGGUGAUGGCAGCGAAUGAUUUCAGACACAUUCACGUGCCCUGUUUGCGACGAAGAAAUGUCCUAAACUAGCAAGAAUGGGCAUUGGUGUGGUACUUUCGGUCAUUGGUGCAUAAUUCUAGUGCAACAAAAUUUAAACUAAAAGAGAAGAGGCAAAAAAAAAACAAAACAAAAACUACAAAAAGUCAGGGGCCCAAAUCAUCGGAGAAGAAUAAUCCUAAAAUCAAACGACAGUGACAUCUCUUCGAAUCAUAUGAGAAACCUGUUUGUUAUCAAUCAGUGAAAUUUGCUCGCGUCUGGGAAUGUAUGUGGGCGCUCUCUGAAUAAAAAAACGCCACCACAACUGAGUGUUCUGUAGUGAAAGCUAUCUUGUUGCGCUAGUCUGGACAAGAUUUAAUAAUUAAGUCACGGUGCCAGUGUGCUAUCAUUGGUUAUCUUCAACCAAAGCGAUUCAUCGUUGACUGUCUCAUCUAUUGAACGCGUUAAGUGAUUAUGAUUGUUGCCAAUCUGUGGUCGGCUAUGCAUCGACAGAAGUGAUUAGAUAAACAGAGACCGGAAUCGUGGAAUACUCGGAAGGAAAAUAAAUUCCAGACUGAAGACUGCAACUAAAAGUUAUCUACUGGAAAUUUUUGGACUGCUCGUUGACAACAAAACAACCCGAACGCGGUCUCUCGGAAUAGGACGCAUCACAUUUAUUGAAAAAUAAUAAUAGAACAUCAAAAUAUUACGCUCUGAAAGCGUAAAAUCACAGUUAAAAAUUCAACGUAAAAUAAUACAAUGGCCAACCUAACGGACGGAGAUCAGAGUUUCUGCGGCACCACCGGGGGGCAACAACAGUCCGGGGGAACCGGCACGGCGGCCAAUUCGACGGGCCCGGUAGGAACUUCAACACCGACGGCGCCAAUCGUAUCGCCCGGAACAACAACCGGUGUCGGUGGUCCGUCGUCGAUCGGUGGAGGAGGAGGUGCAGUGAGUAGCAGUGCAGGAAGUGGUGGCGUUUGGGCCGAGUUCUGCGAACGACAUGCCCGGGCAGCGUCUGCCGAUUUUGCCAAGUCCUGUGUACACUACGUUACCAACAAUCUGCCCGAAUCGGCACGACAAACCGUUUCGCAUCGGGAUUUUCUGCGCCGUUUCGUAGAUUGCUUUUCGGAACAUUUCGAGCAUGAUUUCCACCGGAGGAGAAUGCAGUGCAAGACUGGUAACGGCACAGCUAUGGUUCUGGAGGAAAGUGACUACUCCGAAGAUACGGACUCGCCAAAAACUAACCACAAACCAUUCUUCCGACGACUGUCGUUCAAAGGUCUGCGCAAGGGAAAGGUAAUCCAUGCCCUGUUCCACAAACAGCACUCGGAUGAGGUGGAGCUGUCCGGAAGCCGAUCGAGUAAAACCAAACUGGCCAAAAUAGUCGUCGAAUGUCGGAAGGAAGGUACGGUUAACUAUCUGACACCGGAGAGUCUCGAUCAGACCAGCAAUACGCACAAGUGGGAGAAAUGUAAGCUGGUGCUGGUCAAAACGGUGGGCGGGUAUAUGCUCGAAUUUUACUCGCCGCCCAAGUCACAGAAGGCAAACCAGAGGCAACCUAGGUUUGCUCUAACUGCUGUCAUCGUGCUCAUUUAUUGCUCUGGAGGCAACCUAGGUUCGCUCGAAAAACGGGCGGAGUCGCCCUGAGAAGAAAGUCAGUUUUGCGAGAAGUUCACCAAUACUCUCAACGUUGUUGCUGAAAGCAAAACAGUUAAAAAAAUAAUGAACGGGAAAAUGAUUAUUGCCGCGAUUUUGAACCUCUUAGCCAAGCAAAAUCGUACUAUCUGCUGUCCAGUGCAAUCCGGACACAAAAAAAGGCAAUACGGAUGUGAAGAACCGAGUGAAAAAAUCCAGAAGGGAGAACAAAAUGACAGCUGCAUGUAAACAUUGCGCUCGUUCUCACGCACACCUACGUAUGGAAUAACUCGAAACCCGAAAGUCGUUUUUUUAUUCGGACGGUUCCAGAGCCAAAUCCGGAAUCAAAAAAAA